AUGACUGAAAGGCCGCUAUCACCAGCAGAAGAAUGGCUUCAAGAAAGUGAAGCCAGGCUUGAGUCUAUGGAAGUGUUACUGAAAUCUGUACGUCGAGAUAUUGAUGCUCUUAGUGAGAAAAUUCCCUCGCCCCGCCCCGGUCUACGAAAAGCCUUUCGAACAGAGCCUGUUAUUCAUGAAUCUGGAAGUAAGGAUUAUAUCCUUCGAAUUGAUAGUAGACCAAAGGCUUAUCAGAACCUUGGCCUUGGAUCUCAUACAUCCCUUGAACCUUUUGAUGUCGAUGAUGAUUUAGAUGGACCAAUGAAUGAUGUCACCUUCCAGAAAUCCUGGCGAUCACCGUCAGACUUACGAAAUGAAGACUCACCUCCCGGUUCGCCAACUUUCGGAGAAAGCAGCAAGAUAAUCUCUUUAAAUGAUGUAAUCCUUGAUCUCGAAAAAGAUUCUUAUUUGUCGCAAGACGAAACAGAAGAGGUUCAGGAAAGAGGGGUUCCCCUGAUUGAAAGCUUGCAUUCAUUGCCAACAAUAGAGGAGAACUCACAAGAGGACAACACUGACACCUCGAUAUCGACUUCAGAGGAUAUAAAAUCGGCCGACUGCUCUUAUACCCAGUUGGCUAUUGGGGCAUCACGUGAUACCAUCAUUAGUCUUCCUUCAAAACGCCUUCCGGGAGAAAUUAUGAUGGAGCGUUCUGGAUCUGCUCAUUUUACCCCCAAUAAAUCUCGAUCUGAUUACUCUGAGGGUUUGAGGUUCUCUCGAACUUCACUAAAGAGUCGUGAGAGUAUGAUCAGUGAAUCGGACUCCUUUGUGACUGUCAAUAGUCAACCUUUUCCAUCCGCCGAGGAGGCUUAUAUCACAGCGUAUAGUGAUACUGACGAUUUUGGCGAAUCCAAUGACGAGGACUCAUCGUCUCAAUUCGAAAGAUCCUUAAGGCGGAAUAAAGUCCUCGUUUUGCAAAAGACGCCUUCUGCAGAUGGCGAGACGGACUCGGAGGAUAUUUUGGAAUUUACUUUUGUUGAGGCCCCUCUCUCUAAUCCACCUUCUAAUGGAAAUGGAACUCUAAUUUCACCAGCCUCAAGUGAGUAA